GGCAUGCUACUUUAUAUUCAUACGUUUAUUUAUAAUAUUAUUCUUUUUAAAAUCAGUUUUUCUAUAGAUAUAUUUAAAAAAGUUUUAUUUAUUGUAUGUGUUUAUAUGUAUGAAUCUAUUUUCUAACAUCAACGAUAAAAUAUAAGAUGGAGGAUGUUGGAAGACUUUUAGAAGACUAUAAUAAAAAAAAUAGUCAAGCUGAACAGGAUCAAGUAAGCUAUAAAUUCGAUAUUACUUCAGCCUUAUACGUAUAUUCAAGAGCUCCCUGGUAAAAAUAUCCGAUCAAAAUUAUCUAUUGCAUUCAAUUACUGGAUGAAUAUUCCAAUAGAAAAACUUAAGGCAAUUGGGGAAAUUGUUCAAAUGUUGCACAAUUCAAGUCUUUUAAUCGAUGACAUUGAAGACAACUCUUGCUUACGUAGAGGUGUACCAGUUGCUCACUCUAUUUAUGGUGUUGCAAGUACAAUAAAUGCGGCAAACUAUGUAUUUUUCCUAGCGCUAGAAAAAGUUCAACAACUAAAUCAUCCUGACGCAACUAAAGUCUAUACGGAACAGUUACUGGAGCUUCAUCGAGGUCAAGGAAUGGAGAUUUAUUGGCGCGAUAAUUUUACAUGUCCCACAGAAUCUGAGUACAAACUUAUGACCGUUCGUAAAACUGGCGGACUGUUUAUGCUGGCCAUACGCUUGAUGAAAUUAUUCAGCAAUAGUGAUAAGGACUUUUCUCAAUUAACGGCAAUUCUAGGUUUAUACUUUCAAGUGAGAGAUGACUACUGCAACUUGACGAGUAAAGAGUACUCCGAAAGUAAAAGUUUUUGUGAAGAUCUAACAGAAGGAAAGUUCAGUUUCCCAAUAAUUCAUGCAGUAAAUAAUCAAAAACAUGAUCGUCAAGUUUUACAUAUUUUGAGGCAAAGGACAAAGGAUGUUGAGGUCAAAAAAUAUUGCAUUCAAUUAAUGGAGAAACUUGGUAGUUUCGCCUAUACCCGAAACAUACUGAAAAAGCUUGAUGAACAAGCUCGUGAAGAAGUUGCGAAUCUUGGACCAAAUAAGUAUAUGGAGACUUUGCUGGACGAAUUAUUUAACUGGAAUUGCAAAGGAAAUUGAAUACAAUAAUUAGAAUCUUUUGAAUUGCUUUAGAAAAUUUUUUAAAAAUAAAAAUGUGAAGAUGCAACUUA